AUGCUGGUUGGGUGGGAGACUGCCGCAAACCCGACUGGCUGUGGUCACCACGGCAGCCGCGCUCACCCCUCUAUAGCCCCCUGCCUUGUCUCUUGCCGCGCAGGCCGCCGCAGCUUGGCCGUGGUGGCCGGCAACAAAGGCGCCGGUGGCCCGUUUGCGCCGAUCGUGGUUGUCACCCGCAACGCCAUGGGCACCAAGGAGUUCAACCAGUUCCGCGGCAAGGCCAUCUCCCUGCACUCGCAAGUGAUCAAGGACUUCUGCAAGCAGCUGGGCGCAGACACGAAGCAGGUGCAGGGGCUGAUCCGCCUGGCGAAGAAGAACGGCGAGAAGCUGGGCUUCCUGGCGUGA